CUCUCGCGCGCACUCUCCUGUCUCCUGCUUUCCACCAUCAACAUGGAAGGGCUUAAUUAAUGCAUGUGUCCCUCUUGCCCUCAAGCUAAUGAAUUUUAAUUUGCCGUUUGAGACUGGACGUACGUUUUUUCGGCCUCAAAAGCACUGGACUUUCCUUACUGGGUGGAUAGCACGGAGGUAUCUGCCAAAUAAUAAGUCUUCAGAUAAGAGGCAAACUAUGCCAGCAGCACCAGAGUCCCUCCCCCUGGUGACGUGCCAGCCCAUUGGUCAGACCGUUCCGGCCCCCUCUAGCCCCGCCCACUCCCCUGGCAGAUCCAUGCUGCUGGACACGCGUCGCAGAGCCACGCCCACACCAUGAGCGCCAACGGGCCCGCCCCCGCCCCCGUGGCCCCUCCCGCACCUGCCGCCCCUCCGGCGGCCUCCCCUGCGCCCCCUCCCCCGCCCGCCGCGCCCCCGGCGCCCGCCCCCAACAUCCCGGUGGGCGCCUUGGCACAGAAGAAGCGGGCACAGUACGCCAAAAGCAAGAAGCAGGGCAGCUCAGCCAACAGCAGGCCGCCAAGGGCCCUGUUCUGCCUGAAGCUAAACAACCCUAUACGCAGGGCCUGCAUCAGUCUGGUGGAGUGGAAGCCAUUUGAUAUCUUUAUAUUAAUUGCUAUUUUUGCCAACUGUAUGGCCUUAGCUGUGUAUAUCCCCUUCCCUGAAGACGAUUCCAACUCCACAAACCACGACCUGGAAACAGUAGAGUAUGCCUUCCUGGUCAUCUUCACCAUCGAGACGUUCCUGAAGAUCAUCGCCUACGGUCUGGUGAUGCACCAGAACGCCUACGUGAGGAACGGGUGGAACAUGCUGGAUUUUGUCAUCGUGGUCAUCGGGUUGUUCAGCGUGGUCCUGGAGCUUCUGACCAAAGAGGAGGAGAAGGAGGAGGUGGAGGAGGUCCUGCCCGUGCACCCCUCCAUGCACGGCCACGCCGGGAAGUCAGGAGGCUUCGACGUCAAGGCCCUGAGAGCCUUCCGCGUGCUGCGCCCCCUGCGGCUGGUCUCAGGAGUGCCCAGUUUGCAGGUGGUGUUGAACUCCAUCAUUAAAGCCAUGGUACCUCUCCUUCACAUCGCCCUCCUGGUCCUCUUCGUCAUCAUCAUCUACGCCAUCAUCGGACUGGAGCUCUUCAUCGGCAAGAUGCACGCCACCUGCUACAUGCCCGGCUCAGACAAGAUAGCGGAGGAGGAGCCUGCUCCGUGUGCUAUCUCUGGUCACGGGCGCCAGUGCCCCAUGAACGGCACCGAGUGCCGGGAGGGCUGGCACGGCCCCAACGGCGGUAUCACCAACUUCGACAACUUCCUGUUCGCCAUGCUGACAGUGUUCCAGUGCAUCACCAUGGAGGGCUGGACCGACGUCCUCUACUGGAUGAACGACGCCAUGGGGUUGGAGCUGCCUUGGGUCUACUUUGUCAGUCUGGUCAUAUUCGGAUCGUUCUUUGUUCUUAACCUGGUUCUGGGUGUGUUGAGCGGAGAGUUCUCCAAGGAGCGUGAGAAGGCGAAGGCUCGCGGAGACUUCCAGAAGCUGCGUGAGAAGCAGCAGCUGGAGGAGGAUCUGAAGGGCUACCUGGACUGGAUCACCCAGGCAGAGGACAUCGACCCUGAGAACGAGGACGAGGCAGACGAGCAGGGCAAGCGCAACCCGAGCAUUCCGGCCAGCGAGACGGACGGAGUCUGUGAACACGGAGCACGUGAACCUGGGGAGGAUGAGAAGACGCCGUUGCUGCGGACACCACAUUCAAAAAAAUUUCAAGUCAAAGUUCAGGUCAGUGGCUCCUACAUCCUGUUGAACGUCUUCUUGGCCAUCGCCGUGGACAACCUGGCAGACGCUGAAUCACUCAACACCCCCAGCGACAAGAAGCCCAUAAAGGAGGACGAGAAAGAAGAGGAGGAGGAAGAGGAGAAACAGGAAGAGGAAGCAGCAGAGGAGGAGGACCCUGAGGUCCCUGCAGGUCCGAGGCCCCCCAUCUCUGAGCUCAUCAAGAAGGAGAAGAUCACCCCCAUCCCUGAGGGCAGCGCCUUCUUCAUCUUCAGCAACACCAACCCGAUCAGAGUGGGAUGCCACAAGCUCAUCAACCACCACAUCUUCACCAACCUCAUCCUGGUCUUCAUCAUGCUCAGCUCCGUCUCCCUGGCGGCAGAGGACCCCAUACGCAACUUCUCCGCCAGGAACAUCAUACUUGGUUACUUUGACUAUGCCUUCACGGCUAUCUUUACUGUUGAGAUCCUGUUGAAGAUGACUACGUACGGAGCCUUCCUCCAUAAAGGAGCCUUCUGCAGGAACUACUUCAACCUGCUGGAUCUGCUUGUGGUGGGGGUCUCCCUAGUGUCCUUCGGGAUCCAGUCCUCUGCCAUCUCGGUGGUGAAGAUCCUGAGGGUGUUGCGUGUGCUCCGUCCCCUGAGGGCCAUCAACAGAGCCAAGGGGCUCAAGCACGUGGUCCAGUGUGUGUUUGUGGCCAUCAGGACCAUCGGCAACAUCAUGAUCGUCACCACGCUGCUGCAGUUCAUGUUCGCCUGCAUCGGAGUGCAGCUGUUCAAGGGGAAGUUCUAUCGCUGCACAGACGAAGCCAAGUCUAGCCCAGAAGAGUGCAAGGGCACCUACAUCCUGUAUAAGGAAGGGGAUGUGAACCAGCCGGCCCUCCACAGGAGACUGUGGCACAACAGCGAGUUCAACUUCGACAACGUCCUCAUGGCCAUGAUGGCUCUGUUCACUGUCUCCACCUUCGAGGGCUGGCCUUCGUUGCUGUACAAGGCCAUCGACUCCAACAGGGAGAACCUGGGCCCCAUCUACAACUACCGGGUGGAGAUCUCCAUCUUCUUCAUCAUCUACAUCAUCAUCAUCGCCUUCUUCAUGAUGAACAUCUUCGUGGGCUUCGUGAUUGUCACCUUCCAGGAGCAGGGAGAAAAGGAGUACAAGAACUGUGAGCUGGACAAGAACCAGCGUCAGUGUGUGGAGUACGCCCUGAAGGCCCGCCCUCUCAGAAGGUACAUCCCUAAGAACCCGUACCAGUACAAGUUCUGGUACGUGGUCAACUCCACAGGCUUCGAGUACAUCAUGUUCGUCCUCAUCAUGCUCAACACCCUCUGCCUGGCCGUGCAGCACUACGGCCAGUCGGCUCUCUUCAACUACGUGAUGGACAUCCUCAACAUGGUGUUCACCACCGUGUUCACCGUAGAGAUGGUUCUCAAGCUCAUCGCCUUCAAACCCCGGCACUAUUUCACUGACGCUUGGAACACUUUUGACGCCUUAAUAGUUGUCGGUAGCGUGGUUGACAUUGCUAUCACUGAAGUGAACCCCACAGAGGCUCCUCAGGUGGAUGAGCAGGGGAACACAGAGGACAGCGCUCGCAUCUCCAUCACCUUCUUCCGUCUCUUCCGAGUCAUGCGAUUAGUCAAGCUGCUGAGCAGAGGGGAGGGCAUCCGCACCCUCCUGUGGACCUUCAUCAAGUCCUUCCAGGCUCUGCCAUACGUAGCCUUGUUAAUAGCCAUGCUGUUCUUCAUCUACGCUGUGAUCGGCAUGCAGGUGUUUGGGAAGGUUGCCAUGGUGGACGGCAGCCAAAUCAACAGGAACAACAACUUCCAGACCUUUCCUCAGGCUGUGCUGCUGCUAUUCAGGUGUGCGACGGGCGAGGCGUGGCAGGACAUCAUGCUGGCGUGCGUGGGGGGGAAGCUGUGCGACCCCGAGUCAGACUACCACCCAGGAGAGGAGAUGACCUGCGGGAGCGGCUUCGCCAUCAUCUACUUCAUCAGCUUCUACAUGCUCUGCGCCUUCCUGAUUAUCAACUUGUUUGUGGCUGUCAUCAUGGACAACUUUGACUAUCUGACUCGUGAUUGGUCCAUCCUUGGCCCACAUCAUUUGGAUGAGUUUAAGAGGAUCUGGUCAGAGUAUGACCCGGAGGCUAAGGGCAGGAUUAAACAUCUGGAUGUUGUCACUCUGCUCCGUCGUAUUCAGCCUCCUCUGGGAUUUGGCAAACUGUGUCCUCAUAGAGUGGCCUGCAAGUUUAGUAUUUCAGUAACAACCCAGUAUUAUUUCAGUAGUGUUCUGGCAGUAUUUGAGGGAGUAGAACUCGGGAAGACUCUAUUUCCCAGGGUGCUGUGCGGUGGCGUGCUGACACAGGAAGCGUUUGUGUGGUCUGUUCACUCAGAUGAUGAGGUAACCGUGGGGAAGUUCUAUGCCACCUUCCUGAUACAGGACUACUUUAGGAAAUUCAAGAAACGUAAAGAGGAGGGGCUGGUGGGCGUGCACGCCUCGGAGAACAACACGGCCAUCGCCCUGCAGGCUGGCCUUCGCACACUUCAUGAUAUUGGGCCGGAAAUUCGCCGAGCGAUAUCAUGUGACCUGCAAGAUGACGAGCUAGUAGACUUUAUCCCAGUUGAAGACGAGGAAAUUUAUAGGCGUAACGGCGGCCUGUUCGGUAACCACGUCAACCACAUGAACGGUGACCACCGGCGCUCGUCGCACCAGACCAACGCCACCCAGCGCCCCCUCCAGGUACAGCCCCCGCCCCACUAUGCCCACAUGGAGCAGCCCGUGGGACGGCUGUGCCGGGCCAGUGCCAUGUCCCAUCCCAACCACCACCACCAUCACCACAACUCCUCCUCCUACGGCAAGUCUCCCAAGUCCACCAACAUCAACCUCAACAACGCCAACAAGUCCAGCCUGCCCAACGGCGGGCACCGUCGCUACUACGAGCAUGCGCCGCCCGCCAACGGUUACCCGGGACACCGUGGCAGUUACUACGACUACGACAAGCCGCCCCGGACGCCACAGGGACAAAGAAGGCGCUACUAUGAAACGUAUGUUAGGGGCCACGGGGGGGAUGGACACCACCCCACCAUCCGGCGCGAGGAGGAGUUUGACGAGGACCGCUGCUCUGGCGAGUACUACAGCGGGGAGGAGCUCUACGAGGACGACAGCAUGCUGUCAGGAGACAGGUACCAGACCAGCGACACAGAGUACGAGACGCCCCGGGGAUACCACCACCCCGACAGUUACUACGACGACGACGAGCAGCCCCUCUACCACGACCCCCGGAGGUCGCCCAAGAGAAGACGACUGCCUGCCACUCCUCAAGAUCACAGGAGGCCCUCCUUCAACUUUGAGUGUCUGCGAAGACAGGGCAGCCAGGAUGAGCUGCCUCACCAACGCACUGCUCUUCCCCUGCACCUCAUGCAGCACCAGGUGAUGGCGGUGGCGGGGUUGGACUCCAGCCGAGCCCACCGCCUCUCCCCCACCCGCUCCACCCGCUCCUGGGCCACGCCCCCGGCCACGCCGGCCAGUAAGGAGCAGUCGCCCUUCUACACGCCGCUGAUCCGCGUGGAGCGCUUGCGGCGGGAGAGCGCGGGCAGCGGCCCGGUGGCGGUGAGGAAGAGCUCGUGGUACACGGACGACCCGGACGCCCGACGCCCCUACUCGCCCCUACACCUGCAGGUGCCGCCCGAGUUCCGCAACCAGUACCUCCAGAAGAGAGGCAGCGCCACCAGCCUGGUGGAGGCGGUGUUGAUAUCGGAGGGUCUCGGCCGAUACGCCACGGACCCCAAGUUCGUGGCCGCCACCAAGCAUGAGAUCGCCGACGCCUGCGAGAUGACCAUCGACGAGAUGGAGAGCGCCGCCAGCCACCUGCUCAACGGCGGCGUGGCCCCCGCCCUUAACGGCGUCACCGUGUUCCCCGUGCUGGCGACGCCAGACUACGACGCCCAGGACCCCACGGCCAGCUACAGCGACGAAGAGCCGGAGGUGGAGCCUCGCACCCCGUACGAGGAGGACCUGGCAGACGAGAUGAUCUGCAUCACGACUUUAUAGCAUUAGCUGGCUAACGGACGCUAGCUAACUGACUAUGGUGCACGUCGCAGACCGCUGUUGUAGAUGGAUAGUACAGAGAAAUGCAUCUAUUGGCUCACAAACCAAAAGAAGUGCCUUUUUUACCUGGGAGGAAAUUAAAAAAAGGCACCUAGCAUAAUAGAGACGCAUUGGCCCCGCCCAC